CCACACUUGCUUUGGAAUACUUUGCUGUCCGCCAUGAGUCGCCAGGCCAGCUACAGCCAGCAGUCCUGCCAGUCUUCCAGUGGAGGCCGCCGCCAGGGCUUCAGUGGCCGCUCAGCAGUGGUGUCCGGCCAGAGUCGGAUCAGCUCCACCAAGACCUCCUCAUCCUCCCGCUCAGGCGGCGGUGGCAGUGGGGGCAAUUUCGCUUGUGCCAUGAUGGGUGGAGGUCUAAGCAGCCAGAGUCUCCACAACCUCGGAGGCAAUAAGAAGAUCUCCAUCAGUGUGGCUGGAGGCAGCUCCCGUGCUGGUGGCUUUGGAAGAGGAAUGGGUGGGGGCUUCUGUGGUAGAGCUGGGGGCUUUGGCGGAGGGUCUGGAGGCUUUGGCGGAGGAGCCAGAGGCUUCGGUGGAGGAGCUGGUGGCUUUGGUGGAGCCAGGGGCUUUGGAGGAGGAGCUGGUGGCUUUGGAGGGGGAGCUGGAGGCUUUGGAGGGGGAGCUGGAGGUUUUGGAGGGGGAUCCAGGGGCUUUGGAGGGGGAGCUGGAGGCUUUGGAGGGGGAACUGGAGGCUUUGGUGGCCCAGGUGGCUUCAGUGGCCCAGGUAGAUUUGGUGGCCCUGGUGGCUUUGGUGGCCCUGGUGGCCCAGGUGGCUUCCCUGGGGGAAUCCAGGAAGUGACUGUCAAUGAGAGCCUCCUGCAACCCCUCAGUGUGGAGAUUGACCCCCAGAUUGGGCAAGUGAAGGCCCAGGAGAGGGAGCAGAUCAAGACCCUCAACAACAAGUUUGCCUCCUUCAUUGACAAGGUGCGGUUCCUGGAGCAGCAGAACAAGGUCCUGGAGACCAAGUGGAGCCUCCUGCAGGAGCAGGAAUCUGGUUCCAACACCAACACCAACAACCUGGAGCCAUUCUUUGAGAACUACGUCAGCAGUCUCAGAGAGUUCCUGAACGGGCUGCACAGUGACAAGGACAGGCUGCAGGAUGAGCUGAGGACCAUGGAGGUGAUGGUGGAGGACUUCAAGAAGAAGUAUGAAGAGGAGAUCAACAAGCGCACAGCAGCAGAGAACGACUUUGUGGUCUUGAAGAAGGAUGUGGAUGCUGCCUACAUGACCAAAGUGGAACUGGAGGCCAAAGUGGAGUGUGCGACAGAUGAGAUCAACUUCCUAAAGGCACUCUACGAUGCUGAGCUGUCCCAGAUGCAGUCAGACACCAGCGACACCUCUGUGGUCCUGUCCAUGGACAACAACCGCUGCCUGGACCUGGACAGCAUCAUCGCCGAGGUCAGGGCCCAGUACGAGGACAUCGCCCAGAGGAGCAAGCUGGAGGCUGAGGCCCUGUACCAGACCAAGCUGGGAGAAUUGGAGAACACGGCUGGCAGACAUGGCGAUGACCUGAAGAGCACCAAGAGUGAGAUCUCUGAGCUCAACAGGAUGAUCCAGAGGCUGCGGGCCGAGAUCGAGAAUGUCAAGAAGCAGAAUGCCAACCUGCAGACGUCUGUGGCUGAUGCCGAGCAGCGUGGAGAAAUGGCCCUCAAGGACGCCAACGCCAAGCUCCAGGAGCUCAAGGCUGCCCUGCAGCAGGCCAAGGAAGACCUGGCUCGGCUGCUGAAGGACUACCAGGAGCUCAUGAAUGUCAAACUGGCCCUGGACGUGGAGAUUGCCACCUAUAGGACCCUGCUGGAGGGCGAGGAGUGCAGGAUGUCCGGGGAGUGCCAGAGCUCCGUGAGCAUUGAGAUGGUUCACAACACCAGCUCCAGCUCCAGCGGCGGCGGCGGCCUGAGCGGAGGAGCUGGUGGCCGCGGGGGUCUCGGCAGCGGCGGUGGCCGCAGCUGGGGCACCGGGCGCGGGGGCCCCGGAGGCGGCAGCUCAGUGGUGCGCGGAGGCUCCUCCACCAGCGGGGGCGGCAGCUCGGUGCGCGGGGGCAGCAGCUCGGUGCGCGGGGGUUCCGGGGGCUCCUGCGUGGUCAGCGGAGGCGGCAGCAGCACCUCACAGCAGAGCCAACGGUCCCAAAGCUCCUCUCAGAGCCAGCGGUCCCACCACAAGUUCUGAACCAGGUCUCCUGCCAUCCUCCCCACUCCGCCCCCGCCCCCC